UUUACCUGUCAGAAUUGUCUUGCCACGAUAUACCAUAUGCAUUGCAGUCAUGUUUCAGUCCUCUUCUUCUCUGCUACAGUCGAACUUCUAUCAGAUAUUAGGCGAUCGCCCCCCUGCCGACCAAUUUCGCGAGGCAAUUCAGUUCGAGAAGCAUGGUGAUUAUCUUGCCAUUGGAGAUCAAGGAGGACGUGUUGUAAUAUUUGAAAAAGGUGGUGGAAAGAUUAAACUGCAAUAUACUCGAAAAUUUUUGGAGGACCUGGAUUCCGCUCCUGCACGACGUCCUAAAUCUCGGUACCUGUCAGAAUUCCAGAGUCACGAGCCUGAAGUUGAUUGCUUCCGUAAUGUGGAAGUCACAGAGAGGAUUAAGAAAGUGAACUGGUGUAUUGCGCAGAAUGGAUUGCUUCUCAUUCUCUCAGCAAACAAUAAAACAAUUAAAUUAUGGAUGAUUAAGGAACGUAAAGCAGAAAAAAUUGAAGAAGUGGCUCCUCAUCGAUUUUUAACCUCGGAAAACGUUCUAUUAUCUCAUAAGAGAUUCAUGAAUGGGCAAGAAACCCAGUCUUCUUCUAAUGGAUAUCAUUUGGAGUGGAUAGAGAACCUAUAUCGGGAGGAUCCCCCAUCUCAAGACAUUGAUGAUGAUGAUUACAAUUCAUUGGAAUAA